AAAAUUGUAUUUUAAACCUAAUCCUAACCUAAACCACACUGCCAACCUUAUGUUCAACCCUAAUCUUAUAUUAAGACCAAACAGCUGUAUAUAUUUUAUUUUGUCAAUUUGGAUUUUGUGGUUAUAGAAGCUAGUGGAAACCGCCAGGCAGGCAGCUUUGUCAAACGAACAUUAAGCUCUCUGACCAGCGGCUUGCGAGCAAUCAAAAUGCCGUUUUUUCGCUAUUUAGCUGGACAUCACGACAUGGAAUGUAAUGGACUUAUUAUUUGGGAAAACAUUCAUAUUGACAGUGAAAGACGUCUUUGUUGAGAAACCGGACUGUCACGACAUUUGGAUGGAGUAGCAAGCCAGCGCUACGACUGAGGGCGAGAGGUCUAAAACGGCUGGUCGACCCAACUCAUUGUAAUUAUUAGCAUAGUGAGGAGCAGCCGACCCGACCACCAUGCCUCCCAGGCCAUCUUCGGGGGAACUAUGGGGCAUGCACUUGAUGCCCCCAAGCAUCAUGGUGGACUGCCUUCUCCCCAAUGGGAUGAUUCUGACAUUGGAGUGCACACGUGAGGCCACACUCAUUUCGGUGAAACACGAACUCUUCAAGGAGGCCAGGAAGUAUCCGCUCCACCACCUCCUACAGGAGGAGACCUCCUACAUCUUUGUCAGCGUUACCCAAGAGGCUGAGAGAGAGGAGUUCUACGAUGAGACGAGGAGACUGUGCGACCUAAGGCUUUUUCAGGCCUUCCUGAAAGUCAUCGAGCCAGUAGGCAACCGAGAGGAGAAAAUACUCAACCGAGAAAUUGGUUUUGCCAUAGGAAUGCCGAUAUGCGAGUUUGACCUGGUCAAGGACGCAGAGGUCCAGGACUUUAGAAGGAACAUAUUAAAUGUCUGCAAGGAGUCUGUGGACCUCCGAGACACUAACGGACCCAUCAGUAGAGCGUUGUACGUCUACCCUCCCAAUGUAGAGUCGUCAGUAGAACUACCUAAGCACAUCUUCAAUAAGCUUGACAAAGGUCAAAUCAUAGUGGUCAUAUGGGUCAUCGUGUCACCGAGCAACGACAAGCAGAAGUACACGCUGAAGAUCAACCAUGACUGCGUGCCGGAGCACGUGAUCGCAGAGGCCAUCCGCAAGAAGACACGUAGCAUGCUGCUGUCCCACGAGCAGCUCAAGAUGUGCGUGCAGGAGUAUCAGGGCAAGUACAUCCUCAAGGUGUGCGGCUGCGACGAGUACCUGCUGGAGAAAUACCCCCUGAGUCAAUACAAGUACGUAAGGAGUUGCAUCAUGCUGGGGCGCAUGCCCAACCUCAUGCUAAUGGCCAAGGACAGCCUGUACUCACAGCUGCCCAUCGACACCUUUACCAUGCCCUCGUAUGCCCGCCGCAUCUCCACGGCUACUCCCUACAUGAACGGCGAGACGGCCACCAAGUCUCUGUGGACCAUCAACGGCACUCUGAGGAUAAGGAUACUGUGUGCCACCUACGUCAAUGUCAACAUCAGGGACAUUGACAAGAUCUACGUCCGGACUGGGAUUUACCACGGUGGGGAGCAGUUGUGUGACAACGUGAACACUCAGCGCGUGCCGUGCUCAAACCCCAGGUGGAACGAGUGGCUGAACUACGACAUGUACAUUCCAGACAUCCCCCGCGCUGCCCGACUCUGUCUGUCAAUCUGUUCUGUGAAAGGGAGGAAGGGGGCCAAAGAGGAGCACUGUCCACUAGCCUGGGGAAACAUCAACCUGUUUGAUUACACCCACACGCUGGUGGCUGGAAAGAUGGCCCUCAACCUAUGGCCUGUGCCCCACGGCCUGGAAGACCUGCUCAAUGCUAUCGGAGUCACCGGCUCCAAUCCGAACAAGGAAACCCCUUGCCUGGAGCUGGAGUUUGACCACUUCAGUAACCCAGUGAAGUUCCCCGACAUGCCGGCCAUCGAGGAGCACGCCAACUGGAACAUAUCCCGGGAGCUGGGCUUCAACUAUUGCCACACCGGUUUGAGUAACAGACUGGCAAGGGACAACCCUCUGACGGACAGCGACAACGAACAGCUGCGCCUGGUGUGUAACAGAGACCCACUGUCUGAAAUAACUGAGCAGGAGAAGGACUUCCUCUGGAGGCACAGACAUUACUGCGUCAGUAUCCCGGAGAUACUGCCCAAGAUUCUCCUGGCAGUGAAAUGGAACUCCAGGGAUGAGGUUGCACAGAUGUAUUGCCUUUUAAAGGACUGGCCAGCCAUAAAGCCAGAACAAGCCAUGGAGUUGCUGGACUGCAACUUCCCCGAUCCCAUGAUCCGAGACUUUGCUGUGAAGUGCCUUGAAAAAUACUUAACGGACGACAGACUCUCUCAAUACCUCAUUCAGCUGGUCCAGGUUCUGAAGUACGAGCAGUACCUCGAUAACCCACUGGCCCGCUUUCUGCUGAAGAAGGCUUUGACCAAUCAGCGGAUAGGACAUUUCUUCUUUUGGCAUCUCAAGUCUGAGAUGCACAACAAGACAGUGAGCCAACGUUUUGGUCUGCUGCUGGAGUCCUACUGCCGGGCCUGUGGCAUGUACCUGAAGCACCUGAGCAGACAGGUGGAGGCCAUGGAGAAGCUCAUCAACCUCACAGACCUCCUCAAGCAGGAGAAGAAGGAUGAGGCCCAGAAGGUUCAGAUGAAGUUCUUGGUGGAGCAGAUGAAAAGGCCUGACUACAUGGAUGCCCUACAGAGCUUCACCUCUCCGCUCAACCCAGCUCACCAGCUGGGAAACCUCCGCUUGGAAGAGUGCCGGAUGAUGUCAUCGGCCAAACGGCCUCUGUGGCUCAACUGGGAGAAUCCCGACAUGAUGUCAGAGCUGCUCUUCCAGAGCAACGAGAUCAUCUUCAAAAAUGGAGACGAUCUGAGGCAGGACAUGCUGACUCUGCAGAUCAUUAGGAUAAUGGAGAACAUCUGGCAGAACCAGGGGCUCGAUCUCAGGAUGUUGCCGUACGGCUGCCUGUCCAUUGGCGACUGCGUGGGCCUGAUCGAGGUGGUGAGGAACUCCCACACCAUCAUGCAGAUCCAGUGUAAAGGAGGCCUGAAGGGGGCGCUGCAGUUCAACAGCCACACGCUGCACCAGUGGCUCAAGGACAAGAACAGGGGAGAGAUGUAUGACCAGGCCAUUGACUUGUUCACACGGUCGUGUGCGGGAUACUGCGUAGCCACCUUCAUCCUGGGGAUCGGUGACCGACACAACAGCAACAUCAUGGUCAAAGAUGAUGGACAGCUAUUCCACAUCGACUUUGGCCAUUUCCUGGAUCACAAGAAGAAGAAGUUUGGCUACAAGCGAGAGCGGGUGCCUUUUGUCUUGACACAGGACUUCUUAAUCGUUAUCAGCAAAGGAACCCAGGAGUGCACAAAAACCAGGGAGUUUGAGAGGUUUCAGGAGAUGUGCUACAAGGCCUACUUGGCCAUCCGGCAGCACGCCAACCUCUUCAUCAACCUGUUCUCCAUGAUGCUGGGCUCCGGCAUGCCCGAGCUGCAGUCGUUCGACGACAUCGCCUACAUCCGUAAGACCCUUGCCCUGGACAAGACUGAGCAGGAGGCCCUGGACUACUUCAUGAAGCAGAUGAAUGAUGCCCACCACGGCGGCUGGACCACCAAAAUGGACUGGAUCUUCCACACCAUCCGCCAGCACGCCAUGAACUGAGAGGUUCCAUAGGCCUGGAGAGCAGCAGCAACGCAGAGAGGACAAGGGCGGAUCUCGACACCAUCCGCUAGCUAAGCUCGCCAUGAGCAGAGAUGGCAGAGCAGACGGGGCUAGCGCCCAUGAAUAUGGAUAGAGCUGUUGGAUGAAGUGAAAGGCUAGAACGGGUCUCUAAAUCAUCCGCUAACUUAUGAACCCAUCCAUUAAAGGGUGCCAACUGGAUAUUAGGGAUGCACCGAUGGGGGAAAUUAUGGGCUGAUACGAUAAUCAUAUUUUUGGGCCAUUAUUUUUCCCGUAUUGGUAUUGCAAUAUGGCCAUAAAGUUUUCUCCUUGUAAAUUUAGGGGACCAAUCAUGAUUACAAACAAUUUGAUGACGGCUGAUCUCUAUUUUAUUAUCAGUCGAUAGUGAUAUGAAGGGUGAUUUAUUGCUUUAUCGGCCAAUAUAUCACGUCUACUGAUAUGCGGGCCGAUUUUUUUUUUAAAGAAAAGAAGAAAAAAGAUUGUCAUCCGAUAUUGUGCAUCCCUAAAUAGUGUACCCCAUCCACUAGUUUACUAUGGACAGAGUGGAUCUCUAGCCUACAUUCUGCUAGCACGCCAGGACACCAUGAAGGCCUGCCCAGGGUCAUGUUCAUUAGGGUAUGCAACAAAGUGAACAAUUGUUUCUUAUUGGACAAAUCUUCCGCUUGGAGCCCAAUGAACACUACCCAGAAUACCACCAGCAUAGUUAAAUCCCAGUGGUGCAUGGUUAACAGACACGAGGAUGUCCGUUCAUCGUCUGCUGUCAAUUUUAAGGCUAGCAAGCAGAACUUUCUGACCCAUGUUUGAUCUCAAGUGACGAUUACACAGUGUCCCCUCAGAUUGAAACAGUCAUGUUUCGUGACCUCAAGUAUGACAUUUUGUACAGAAGUAUCCCAAUGGUCUCGUAUCCAUACUGUGCACAUAUUAUUCUGAGUCUUUAUAUUCUACUGAGCCAAAGUACUAAAAUAUAUAUCUCUCACCCGCACACACACACACCCGACAGCUUAGUUAUCGGUCUUACCGUGGGAAUGAGUCACUACUAUUCCAAUCCCUGUGUAUCUUCUGUGUAGCACUGAUCUCUAACAUUUGUAUUUGUUUGUCAGUGUUACGACGCGUGUGGAGCAUUCAGGUGCAAAAUGGCUGCCGUCCAGCACCGUUGGCUGCAACGCAGACGUUUUGGAUGACCGACAGAAAAGAACUGUAAAGUCCUUUUGCGACGCCCAGAUGAAAUAGAUAUUCAAAUUCAUCCUCGUUCUGUUUUUAUUGGUUGCUUUGUUUUUAAAGGGAAAAGGGGGGGGGGGGCGAAAAGGAUGUGCAAUGUUAUAGAAUGCCGUGCUGUUACACUAUGCAAAUUGUGAUAUUUAUGUACUGUACUAUAGACUUGUAAUACUGGUGUCAAGGCAAAGUAGGGUCAAGAGAUGGGAGUAUCUCUGAAUUGUGCAUAUACACGGCAUUAAGGGUGUCUCAACUAUGUACAGACAGUACACAGAAGACAAAUGUACAAUUAUGCACUGUGACAGUAUCACUUCUCUUCCCUAACAGGGUGACUCUGGAAGAACUGAAAAAAGGCUAUUGUACCCUGCCUUUCACUUUAGGAGACUAAUGAAAAGAAACAACCCACAGGUCGGAAAACUAUCAGUGAAACAUCGAAACACACAUUUUAGGAAGCGUUUGAAACCAUUUGUUUUUCUCCAACUGAAUUGGAAUUUGCUUCACCCUGUCUUUAUAAAAGUCAAGUAUGUAUAGAUUAGACACUAUUCCAGACUUCCUCAGCAUUCUCUUUUCAUAUGAACUCCCUAUACAGUAAAGUUUUUUUUACACUGAUGUGAAUGUGGUUUUCCCUUCAAGUGUCUUUUUUCUGUUCCCUUCCCCGACAACUUCCCUUGUAAGUGUGGAUCCUGCAGUUUGCUCAUUGCAUAGAGCUAGGUUAUUAGUCAGUUGUAUGCCAGCUUCACCAAAUGAUUUACUGUGUGUGUUUCUGUACAGGUUAGACUGUUGGGCAGGACCCAGUCAAAACGAGACAACUACAAUACCCAUAGUACAUACACUAUGCAAGAGCUAUCAUAAAUGUUUCUUUUAAUUUUUGCUGUGGGAAAUGUCAUCCUUUUCUCUUACUAGUGUUUACUUGAAGUUCAUGUUAAUGACCUUUUUUGUUACUGGUGAGGUACAAUGGCACACCAUGAAGAGAACUGCUACUUUGUGCAAAUCACUUUCGUUGAAUAACUCUAGAGGUAAUAUAUUUUUGUAUUCUAAAUGUAGACAAACUCAAAAUAUAAUCGCUAACCCUCCCAAAAACAUUGGACUUAUGCAUAAUACAUCCUUUUACACCCCAGUAGACAGCUUGUUGUCGUUGAAAUGAGAAACGAGUGACAAAUGAAUGGAGGAAAAUGUAUCUAGUGGAGUUUCACUGAAGGUCUGCUGCUCUGACUAUGAGUACAGUGUAAAAGCACAAUGGUGAAAAGCUAUCCUGCAUGUUUUUAAAGCUGAUAUUCUUAUCUAGCUAUUCAUCUUUGUAAAUAUUGUUUGACCUGUAGUAUGCACUAAUUAAUCUUUCAUACUCAUUAAUUUUACCAUGUCUGGAAAGAACCCUGUAUUCAUUCACUCAUUGUACUGUUUAAUAAAAAUAAAAAUUCUCUGUA